AUGAAUCUCGAAGUAGGAGGCGGAGAUAUUAGCUCUAAAGAUGGUCUUUUCACACCUCUGGCUCUACUCGGGAGCAUUGAAGUUCCAACUCUACCCAACAUUACCUUCCUAUACAAAAUGGUUAGUGGAAUGGGUGUGGAGGGUCUCUUUGAUAUGCUUCUCUUCACUCUCACACCCAACGCCACCAAAAAAAUUGGUAUUGAACUUCAAGGUCAUGAUGGCGAGAUCUUUAGGCUAGUCGAUGUCAUCAGGUAUCCUUUGAUGCUUCCCCAUCAGAUUGAGGAAAUGAAUUGGCCAGGAGAUGGAAGUGGACCUCGACGCAGAUCCUGUCUAGUCUCUUCUUGUGAUAUAUCAUCUGUAACGGUUAUUUUGGAGUUGUCUUUGGCUGGAAACUUUUCUACACUUCUUAUCUACCUUUUCAUUGUAUUCGGCUACAGACGUCUGGAGCGCCACUUCAAGAAAAUAAAUUCACUCGAGUUGGUCUUUCGUGAAAGUGACUUUAUCUUUAAAGGCCAUGAGGAGGACGAAGCAACAACUAGAUAUAGCCACCAAAGAUGUUCUACUACUGAAAUGAACUUGAAUACCUCUAUUCAAACGUCAACGUCUGAAACUCGUGUCUCUGUCGCCAACUUUAGUAACUUUGAAGAUGUAUUGAGGAACACGAGUAAAAAGGAAAUGGUCUCCUUGGAUGGUGAUACCGUUUUCAUUAAAGAACUGGCGAUAUCCCACGUAGUUGUUCGCUCUAAAUUGGCUGCAUAUUUGGCUGAUUUGAGAGGAAUUCGGCAUGAGAAUGUCAAUAUCUUCUUGGGAUGUUAUUUGUCUAAUAAUUCCUUCAAUCUGGUGCAAGAUUAUUGCCAUCGUGGAUCACUUAAGGAUGUCGUUCAUAAUGACAGUAUUAUAUUUGACUGGGAAUUCAAAUUAUCACUCAUAACUGAUUUCGUUAAGGGAAUGGACUAUCUUCACAGCACGCUUAUCAAAGCUCAUGGACGCCUGAAGUCUACUAACUGUGUAAUCAACAGUCGAUGGGUGUUGAAGAUUACUGAUUUUGGAAUUCAACAUAUCUACACUCUUACUGGCGGUCGUUCACCGAUUAAGUUAGAAGAUAAACUUUGGAUGGCUCCUGAACUCUUGAGAGAUGAAGCUGCAGCACUAUUUGGAACAAGAGCUGGUGAUGUUUACUCCUUCGCGAUAAUAAUGCACAAGGUUUUCUACAGAACUAAACCUUAUGGACCAGAUUGGCAUUCUGGUGAAGAGAUCGUAGAGAGAGUCACUACAACGGAAAAACCUCCAUUCAGACCAAAGGUAACACCGAUAUAUGGUGAGGAAAUUCCCACACCUUAUAUAGAAAUUCUUGAGCAGUGCUGGCAUGAGAAUCCGAGUGUAAGACCUAUUUUCAGAGAACUCAGUGAAAGGAUGCAGUACCUAGCAAUGGGGAAGAAAACCGAUAUUGUUGAGCAUAUGUUCAAGUUGAUGGAGCAGUAUUCAACUGGACUGGAAGACAAAGUUGGAGCUCGAAUGGAGGAGUUAGAAAACGAGAGGAAGAAGAAGGACCUUCUUAUUGGCCGAAUGUUGCCCCCGGUUGUUGCAGAAGCUCUCAAAUCAGGAAUAGCUGUAGCUCCAGAGACCUAUGAUGAAGUAUCGAUUUACUUCAGUGAUAUUGUCGGAUUCACUACAAUCUCAGCAAUGUCUACACCUAUGCAAGUAGUUAAUCUCCUGAAUGAUCUCUAUACCCUCUUCGAUCAAACAAUUGCCAACUAUGAUGUUUAUAAAGUGGAGACAAUUGGAGAUGCCUAUAUGGUAACAUCGGGCCUGCCAGUUCGAAAUGGUAGAUGCCAUGCUGGUGAGGUAGCUAUGACAGCAUUAGAUCUCCUUAGUGCUUGUGGAACCUUUACCAUCAAACAUCUGCCUGAUGUUCCAUUGAGACUGCGCAUCGGUCUUCAUAGUGGACCUUGUGUAGCCGGUGUUGUUGGAUUAACAAUGCCUCGCUACUGUCUAUUUGGUGGUACUGUUAAUCAGGCUCAGAAAAUGGAAUCCUCGGGAGCAGCUUUCAGAAUUCACAUCAGCCAACAGAUAAAGGAGAUACUGGACGAGAUUGGCGGUUAUCACACUCAAUACCGCGGCCCAAUUGAGUUCGAUGGAGGCUUCAAAACUUUCAGUCAUUGGCUCAUCAACUGCGACAAUUUCCACAAACCUCUUCCUGAACCAAUUCCAUUGGUCGAGUAA